UAAUUCACAGCUAGACAUGACACAUGAUCUAUACUGUAGAUCUAUGUAUAGCUAGGCCUAGAAGUCAUAUAUAAAACGGAAUAUAUUCGGACCUUUUGUUAAUUUAAUGUCCAAGAUCUAAUGAGAAGGAUUUAGCAGUUGUCGUCAUCAUCUAAUCCCCCUUUGCAGACCCAACAAAUUUGUAACAAAGUUCUCGGGUUCAAGUUGAAUCAUUUCUCAAAUGAAAUUGCAAGACUCGUGCAUCAUUCACUAAAAUUAAAGUCUCAAAUUAAGUUACAAUGCCAGAAGAAUCCACAGAUGACAUAUUCAAAAUCAUUGUGGCGACAGAUAUCCACCUUGGUUAUGGUGAGAAAGACGUUAUCAGAGGCAAUGACUCGCUUGUGGCUUUUGAAGAAAUAUUAGAGAAUGCCAAAAAGCACGAGGCUGAUUUUAUUCUCCUGGGGGGAGAUCUUUUCCAUGAAAACAAACCACCAAGAAGAAUAAUGCAUGGAUGCAUAGCACUGCUUAGGAAGUACUGUUUUGGAGACAAACCAAUUCUUUUUGAAUACUUAAGUGAUCAAUCAGCAGAUUUUCAGCACUGUCAGUUCCCAACCUUGAACUAUGAGGACACAAAUUUAAAUGUUUCAAUACCAGUGUUCUCUAUUCACGGGAAUCACGAUGAUCCUUCAGGACAAGGCAAUUUAUGUUCAUUAGAUAUUCUUCACAGUGCAGGACUAAUGAAUUAUUUCGGCAAAACUACAAGUUUAGAGAAAAUAGAAAUGUCACCACUUCUGAUGCAGAAGGGGAAUACAAAGUUAGCUCUGUAUGGACUAGGGUCAGUAAGAGAUGAACGGCUACAUCGCUUGUUUGUCCAUAAAAAUGUGACAAUGCUACGGCCAAAGGAGAAUCAAGAAGACUGGUUCAAUGUCUUUGUCAUUCAUCAAAAUCGGGCCAAGCACUCAACGACUAGUUAUAUCCCAGAACAGUUUUUGGACGAUUUCCUGGACCUUGUCAUUUGGGGACAUGAACACGAAUGCCGACUUGAGCCAGAGUGGAACAGCUCACAAAAUUUUUUUGUAAGCCAGCCGGGUAGCAGUGUAGCCACAUCCCUGAGUGAGGGAGAGACGGCGAAAAAACACAUCGGUCUGCUGCAAGUUAAGGGAAAGAAUUUCAAGAUGACCAAAAUACCCUUGCAGACUGUCAGGCAGUUUUACAUGGAAGACAUUGUACUCAGUGAUACAGAAUUAAACCCAGGAGACCAUGACAUAGCCAAGAAAGUGGAAGCUUAUUGUUUGGAAAAAGUGGAUGCCAUUUUAGAGAAGGCAACUUUGGAACACUCGGGCAACAGAAGGCAACCAGACAAGCCUUUAGUCAGACUUCGCAUAGACUACAGUGGAGGAUUUGAACCAUUUAGUGGAUACAGGUUUGGACAGAAAUUUGUUGACAAGGUUGCUAACCCAAAGGACAUGAUCCACUUCACAAGGCGGAGGAUAACGAAAGUGAAAUCUGAUGAAAAAGAUCCAGUCAUUGGGGAUGUCAGGGUUGAUAAUCUGGACACCUCAAGAGUGGAGGACAUGGUCAAGGACAUAUUUAACAAGGCUGAUCAGAACUGGCAGUUAAAGUUGCUGACAGAGAAAGGCAUGGGUGAGGCAGUGCAGGAGUAUGUCGACAAAGAGGAGAGGGAGGCUAUAUCGGAACUUGUCAAAUACCAGCUGGAGAAAACCCAGAAACAUUUGAAACAAAGGAACAUCAGUGAAGACUUAAUCAUAGAUGAAGUUAACAGAUACAAGGAGGAAAGAAAGAAGAAAAAGGAGGAUGAAGCAGAGGUUAAAGAAGCCAUUAAAAGAGCACAGACUAAACGCCCCAAGGACUGGGAUGAGGACCAGGAUGCUGUGAACAGUGACUCAGAUGAUGAUGAAAUGGAUGCUCCUUCAAAAAGUUCCUCAGCCAAAGGUAGAGGGAGAGGAAGAGGCAGUCGGGGAGGCCAAACAGGGGAAAGUAGCAGAGGAAGAGGCUCUAGAGGGGGGCGAGGGAGCAGAGGGGGUCGAGGUGGAAAGGGAAAAGCUGCUGUGGUGGAAACCUCGAACAGAUCCAUUUUUGAUGCUUUCGAGUCGCAAGGAUCUAAACAAGGGUCAAGGCAAAGACGGAAAAAUACUGCCAGCUAUGUUGAUUCUGAAGAAGAGGACAGCAUUAUUAUAUCUGAUGACGAUCUACCAAAAAUGGCUAAAAAAUCAAAACCUACCCCAUCAAAGAAGAGAGUGGGCAUAACGUUCGAUUCGGAUUCGGAUGAUGAUAUUCGUCCAGUUAAACGCAAACGAUAACAAUGUAGUGCUUGAAUUAGAUUCUGAUCAAUUCCUUUGUUAAGGCUUUGUUAUGUUCUGGAAUUAAAAUUUUUCAAUGUA